AUGGCUGACUCACACGAGGCCCCAGAAUUUAUCGAAGAAACAACUUUUAUUGAAGAUUCCACCAGCCGUGGUUCAGGUCGGUUCUCCGCCGUGCACUAUCGGAAGGUGCCGUCUCCCGUCCCCGGACAAACUCCGGGAAAACCGGCUCGUCUCUGCGGGAAGACUCCGGGAGAUCCGUCUGGUCCGUCCAGGGAGACCUCUGAACUAUCGUUCCGUCGCUCCGGAUUCGGACAGACCACUGGGCUACCGUCCAGUCGCUCCGGACAGACCACUGACCGCGAGAUAUCGCCCCGUCGAUCCGGACAGACCACUGGGCUACCGUCCAGUCAUUCCGGACAGGCCACUGGCCACGAGAUACCGCCCCGUCGAUCCGGAUCGUUAAUGACCACCGAGGUAUCGUCCCGUGGCUCCGGACAGACCACUGACCGCGAGAUAUCGCCCCGUCGAUCCGGACAGACCUCUGGGCUACCGUCCAGUCGCUCUGGACAAGCCACUGACCACGAGACACUGUCCCGUCACUCCGGACAGAGCUUUGGGCUACCGUCCCGUCGCUCCGGACAGACCUCUGGGCUACCGUCCAGUCGCUCUGGACAAGCCACUGACCACUAUCUAUCGCCCCGUCGAUCCGGACAGUUCAAUGACCAUGAGUUGCCGUCCCGUCGCUCCGGACAGGACUCUGGGCUACCGUCCAAUCGUUCCGGACAGGCCACUGGCCACGGGCCACCGUCCCGUCACUCCGGAAAGAAUCCAUCGGGACCCUCCCGACAUGAAGCCGAGGGACAGACCCCGGCAGGGCGGUUUGUUCUCCCGAAAGAGAGGGACGUGAAAAUGGCGGGCGUGUACCGGCACAGGCUGCGGAGGGAAGACCUCAACAAGAUACCGCUCAACCCCAUGUACCGCGCCGAUCUACCGUCAGGGCCUGACGGAAGUGUCGAUGGCCAACAAGAAACAACUCCGAAAGAAGCCGGCGGGCCGUCCCAAGCCGGGGCGACAUCUUCGGGCGGACCGGGAGGUCAAGGUCACGGCGCCGCUCAAGGUCACGGUCCGAGGGCUGGGCUGGCGGCGGCUGGUCCAGCCACGCACACGUACGAGGACGGCGACACGUUCCACCAGGGUCUCGGGAAGCCUCUGGGCCGAGCCGCCGGCCGCGCCCCGCCCGUCCCCUCUACCCCGAGGCCGGGGGGACGAACCGCCGCCGCGCACACGUACGAGAACGGCGACCAGUUUCGGCAGGGGCUCGGACCGCCUCUGAACCGGGACGUCCUUGGCGCACCGCCUAUUCCCUCCACCCCGAGGCCCGGUGGCGGCCCACACGUUCCCGGCGGCCCGCAAGUGCCGGGCGGCCAGCAAGUGCCGCUCAAUCCGUUACAGAACCCGCAAGACAUCCUCCGCCAGCUCCGACCAAACCCGAUGUACAGCUCAAACCACGCCCCGCUGCCGCCGCAAGAAACGUCUGACCAGGGCAGCAAGACCUACGUCAUCCCCUUCGUCGAUGAGUCGGGGCCCGGCAAACUGCGCGCCGUGCGCGGAGUCGCGGUUUCCGCCGACAACAAGAUCUGGGUCGCCGAUCCCUACCAAGCGCGCAUUCAGGUUUACAGCAUGGUCGGCGGCUUUCUGCACGAGUUCCCACAGAAAGCGCCGUCGGGGUACCCAGGAAAGGAGCCAUAUCAGGUGUCCAUCGACAGAGAUGGCCACAUCUGGGUCCUCAUGAAUGGGUACCCUCACAGCCCCAGCACUGUGGUGCAGCUGGACAGGGAAGGUCGUCUCAAAACCAAGUUUGAUCUCCCCGAGGCUGCACCAGGGGUGGCAUUCCAUGGCAUGACCGUGGGCUUCCACGUCUACGUUACCUGGUCCGACGGGUACAAUGGCGGCCUGCAAGCCUUCCGGCCUGACGGUAACCUACUGUGGGAAGUCGGGCAGCAGCCGCAGGUGCCUCGCGCCAGGAUGGCGACGCCGACGCACGUCGCCACUGACGGGAAUGGGAAGAUCUACGUCUCCGACGUCAACACUCACAUCAUCUACAUCUUUGACGAAGACGGAAAGUACACGGGGAGGUUCGGGGGGCCGGGAACGAGCGGCGGCGACCUGAACCGUCCCGAAGGCAUCUGUGUGGACCCUACAUCCGGUCACGUCCUGGUGGCAGACUACUUCAACAAGCGCGUAGUGGUCUACACUAGCCAGGGGAGAUAUGUCCGCCAUAUCACUAUCAAUGGCCACCCGGAUGCCAUCGCAGUGGGUCCUAGUGGGCAGUUGGUUGUGGAUAAGAGCGAUGCCAUCAUUGUGUUCACCCGCUACUGAGUAUGCCGUAGGAAGAUGGCCGUUGCAUGAUUGGAAUUGUUAACUGUAAUCUCCAGGCAGAUCAUACGGUGGCGAGGCGGUA